ACGAAUCUGCGCAUGCGCGGUAGUCACAACACCGGAAGUAGAACUCCUCAGUUUCCAGACAUGAGUAAACAUCUGGUGUGUUUAUGUUCUGCAGCUUAAACAGAGUUAAUUGAUGAUGAUUAGACACGUUUUCCUGACAGGUUCUCCAGGAGUGGGGAAAACCACACUAGUCCAGAAGGUGUGGGAGGCGACGAGCUCCUCAGGCGUGAGCGUCCACGGCUUCUGCACGGAGGAGGUCCGAGAAAGCGGGAGGAGAGUGGGAUUUGACGUAGUCACAGUAAACGGCCAGAGAGGAAUCCUGUCCAGAAUCGGAACUACAGCUCCAUCAGGCAGACGUGAAUAUACCGUGGGCCAGUAUGUCGUCGAUCUGCCCUCAUUCGAGAGUCUCGCGUUGCCACUUUUCCAGAAUUUGAGCGAUGGAAGCAAGAAGGUGUUUGUUAUCGAUGAGAUCGGGAAGAUGGAGCUCUUCAGUCAGGCGUUUAUCCGGGCGGUGAGACAGGCUCUGGACAGAACAGACUGCACCAUCCUGGGAACAAUCCCACUUCCUAAAGGAAAACCUCUGGGAUUAGUGGAGGAGAUCCGUGCAAGGAAGGAUGUCAAGGUCUUUAUUGUCACAAAAGAGAACAGAAAUGUCAUUUUGGAUGAAAUUGUUGCUGCACUAAAGGAAUGUCUAAAAUGAAAUAAAGAUGUCUGAGAAGAAGAGAAACAGUGGCAUAAACCCUGAGACAAACCUGCAGAUGACACCAGAUUCAAAAGUUUUGGUCCCUGGAAUAGUCUUACGUUAGUUUCAGUUCUCUCUCUCUCUCUCUCUCUCUCUCUCUCUCUCUCUCUCUGUGUCUCUGUCUCCCUCUCUCUGUCUCCCUCUCUCUGUCUCUCUCUUUCU